AUGGAUCCCCCAGGUACAUACGUGCAACCAGCAUUCCUGCUCCAAGCCCCCGUUCAACCGAAAAAAGUCUUACCUUGGGGAUGUGCGAUCUGUGAUAAGAAAGAAGACCUGAAAACCUGCACUGACUGUGGUGUGCUAUCUUACUGCAGUAGAGAGCACCAGGCCCAGCAUCGACGUGAAAACAAAGAGAUCUGCAAUGAUGUGAAACAGACUCAAGCGACCGUGGCAGUCAUCGAUGCUCAGUUGGGUCCUCAUCCCAGCGACCCCUCACUUCCCAAUCUGUCGCGACUUGGCACUGUUCGCAGAGAUGAGCGCUUUCCAGCUGACGCAAAAACUUAUUUCCCUGCAAUUUUCAAUUUGACUGACUGCAUGGAGCGCUUGUACACCAAGAAAUCCGUGAGAGAAGGAAUUGCUCUCUCGAAGCUGAUGAUGCCCUACUACCACGAUAAAUUACUUUCGGGCGGUCUGGUUUCAACUCUUUGGAUUCGACUUGAUGAAGAUCAAGAGGUCUAUGGAUUCAUCAAGGCGUGGACCAUCUGGGAGGAAUCUGAAAAUCACUCACCUGGACAAAUCGCACCAACCCCAAUUAAGAAUGCCGAUAUUCUUGAGGAUGUUGAUCUCUGGUUGAACAUAGAGGUGAGAUUUAUGGACAUGACAGACAGCAUCACCUUCCUUUUAACUUUGACUCUGUUGAAGAUCAAGAUUCUGCUGGAUCUGAAGGACCUUCACAAUGCCCGUCAAGCCGCUGGGCCGAAUGUCCCCGAGGAGGUGCUAAAAAAUAUCAUGGCCAAUAUUCCUCGCAGCUCAGCAAUCAAGGCCAAUCGCCGCAUCAUGAGUGCCCGCGAUCUGUCCCCUGUAAUCGCAGAGCUUGAUUCCCAGGUCGACGCCCUUUACAAGAAAAUUUACCAGACCAACCUCUACUGGUGGAGGCUGUUGGCAAACCCACCACUCGACAUUAUUCAGUCUGUCGUAGGUCGAUACAAUACCGACCCCAUGUCCGCUGGAUGUGGGAGUCCCAUUGAGGCGGCCUCUUGGAUCACGCGGAGAGGUCAACGGUUUUGUUGGAUUGAAACCCCAGGAGCCUUGGAUUUCAUUAGAGAGAAAAAUGCCAACUUUCCCCUCCCGGCCUUGGAGUCGACUUAUCGAGCCUAUGGAAAGCGUGCAGAAGAUUUACUUGCAGUAUUUUACGCCUCUCAGUAA